UUGAUUGGUACCAAGAUGAAGCUGCAAGCCUCCACCUGUAUCACCCUCACAGGAGGCAGAGUCCACCUGGAGGGGAACAGGACGGCCAUACGCGGGCUGCCCGUCACCCUGUCCUGCUCGUACACCCUCGUCAAACGGGUCGCCCAGGCUCUGUGGAGGAAGACGACGGAACAGGGUGACACCAUCACGGUCGCCUCGUACGCCAAGGUGGGCUCUUACCUGGGGAAGGAGUUUAAAGGUCGGGUCAGCCUGAGCCCCACGCUGGGGGAGACCAGACUGACCAUCGAGGAGGUCAAAAUGGAGGACGAGGCGUGCUACACCUGCGAGUUCCACACCUACCCGGACGGAACCAGGAACGCCGUCGCCUGCCUCCACGUCUACGUCUUACCCAACCCUCAGGUGAGCUUCUCGACGUCGCCCUCGGGAGUCACGGAGGCAAACUGCACCGCCAAGUCGAGGCCUCCGUCCACCAUCCUGUGGGACAUUAGCAACAAUGCCGUCACCCUGGGUCCACCGGUGUCGUCGGCGUACAGUCAGGGCGACGGCACCACGAUAGUGACGAGCACGCUGCGCUUCCGGUCCACGCUCAGAACCGUGAAAUGCAUCGUGCAGCACCAGGGUUUAGAGAAAGCCCUCACACUGGACGUCAAAGCAGACGAUUAUGAUAUUUUGCCUGUUGGAGUGAGUUCCCCCAACGUUGUCCUCAUCUCUGUGUGUCUGGCUGCAACUGUCGUCAUCCUGGGUCUGUGUGUGUUUUUCUGCAAGCGCUUCGUAUGUAUUUGACGACUGAUUUGGCAUCUGGCGUCGCCACCACUGUUAUGCUUCAGUGGAUUUCUGAGCCUGACCCAGCUGCUCAGCACCAUGCAGAGGAAGCUGCUUGUUCUGCUCCUACCAACCGGAAAUGUACUGCCAGAGCAGACUAAACACUUCUACUGAAAGGAUUAUUUAAUGGUACAAAUGAGACGAAACUGCUGAGAAGUCGACCUUCAGUGGCCUGAAAACCUUUUACGAUUUGGUUUCAGGUCAUGUCAUUCCUCUUUGUCCUGUAACAAACACCCUCUGCAGCUAUAAAGUGCCACACAUCCACGUUAAAACUCAUGGUCUUAAAUAUGAUUUUUACUUCUAAUGCUCUGAAAUUUGUUGUUGUGGCUGUUUUAUGUUGAGAUUAACCUGUUAGCACCAUAAGCUAGCGACGCCACUGCCCUAGUUCUGUAACAGUCCUGAUUGGUUCAUCCAGCACACAGAAAAAUGUUGGAAGAAAAACCAAAAUGUCCAACUCCGUUCUAAGUUUAGCCUUGUUUCGUGUACUGACUGGAUAAAUAUACCCCAGCUCUACGUCUGGCCAUUGUCCCUCAGGCCUGGUGGUUUUUUGGGACGCCAGCACCACCACCAAAAUGCAUCUAUUAGUGGUUCCUGGAGACGUACGCUGAUUAGAGGAGGGCCAGUUCUGGACCUGCAAGUAACGGGAAACCCAAACGCAUCCAAAGUUCUGAGGAAGGAUGUGACUUUUUGUUGAACCUUCGUGAGUUAUUUUGAGAGCGGAGUGGAUGGCAGCUCUGUCGGUUUUUAACUCCUGCGUGUGGGACGGGGACAGGUGGUCGAGAUGUAAUCUGUGUGUUUCUGGGGUCACCGCCACCCAAACGCCUCCAGAGCAGAUGAACCUAUGAAUCACCGUUUGUGUGUACGAGUGUGAGACAGACGGAGGGCGGAUCCGUUUCCACGCACACGUUUGUUUUUAAAGGAAGUUUCUGUGUUUCUGUUUUUAUGUGUUUCUGAGUCACUGAGCAGCAUCGACAUUUUUGUAGAUGUACUGAGAAAAAUAAAUGUACUCUUAAUUUUUUUAUAAUUUUUAUACAAUGACACUUAUAAACAUUGUGAUUGUGGAUGAGCUUUAAAGAAUUAAAGCAUUAUUGUGCAGCUGUUUUGUUACCUUUUAGUGUAUGUUACUUUUUUUUUUGAAACAUUGCAAAUUAUUGUGAUUUAUCUUCAAAAGUCUCUCUAAUUGACUCCAUAUUCAGAAUUUUUUGUCCAAAAUGCUCCACUGGAUCCUUUUAAUUUAGCCACUUUCAGCAGAUUUAUUCCUUAUAGUUUUAUCAUAGUUUUUGUCACAUUUUCUUCUCCCCAAACAAGCGGUGAAAGUAAAAUUAAAACUCCUACAGAAUGAAAGUUAUUAACAUUUUCAUCUAAUUUUAGUGCCGUGGGCUAGAAAAAUACCCAGACUCGAUAUAUGCAAGUAAUCACAUGCACAUCGUGAUUCAGAUUUCUUUCUUUCUUUCUUUUUUUAGUUGUGAAAAGUAAAUCACAGUACAAAUUUCAAAUUGCAUAUAUUAAUUUGUAUCAGCAUAUUCUAAAAUCUAACUUUAAUUCAGCUUCAAGUUAAAUAAUUUACUUAGUUAUAAAGAAAUGUCCCUAACAAAGCAUUUCUCUGUGACUUGGUGUGUACAGAAACUAGAAGGACUAAAACUAAACUUCAUUUUAGUCAAAAAUGAAGUCAAAAUUUCACAAUGAAUAAAAUUUCGCUGUCACAAGUAACUGUAUAUUUUCAAGCUUUUUCCCGAUUUUGAGUCUUUGGAUGAAUUAUGGGAGAACCUUUACUAUUUCUGCUAAAUCACAAUAUCCCCUGCAAAUAUUUGUGGAAUCCCUCUUUGACUUUAUUUGUCUAUUGUGGCUUUAGGAUUGGGCGAUAUGGACUUAAAGUUUUAUCAGGAUAAUUUGUGAUACUAUUCUGAUAACAAUAAAAAUGACAAUGGUUCUGUUUCAGGUAACUGUAUGGCUCUAGCCACGCUUCCAUUACAGAUGUUCAUAAAACUUUGUCGAUAUUCCGCUAAUGCCGAAAAACAUUUUUUUGCAAUUCCGUUGUUUCCAUUGAAUAAAAUCACACGUGAAUAAGUUUGUUCACGUGGAAAGUCGUUACAAAUCAUUCUGUCAUGAUUCUAAA